UAUUAAAUGAAAAUUCUUUGAGUAAAUUAUUUAGAAAAAAAAAAAGAGAAUUAUAAUAAUAAUUUCCAAUCUCUACCCUUUGUUCCUUCAUCUUCUUCCUCAUCUUUCUUCUCUCUUCAACAUUUUCUUCUCUUCUUCACACAAACACACACAGAUCUCUUCUUCAUCACAUUACUUCUGGCUUUACAUCUUUUUUCUUCUCCAUGAGGAAAGGGAGAGGCUCUUCCGUCGUUGGACCCGCCCUUCCAGUAACCGCCGGUGGAUCUGUGAAGGAGCCGAGGUAUAGAGGCGUUAGGAAGAGACCUUGGGGUCGAUUCGCAGCUGAGAUCCGUGAUCCAUUAAAAAAAUCUCGUGUCUGGCUCGGUACUUUCGAUUCCGCCGUAGAUGCUGCACGCGCUUACGAUACCGCCGCACGUAACCUCCGUGGUCCAAAGGCCAAGACCAAUUUCCCGAUCGAUUGUUCUCCUUCUUCUCCUCUCCAACCUCUCACCUACCUCCACAAUCAAAACCUCUGUUCUCCUCCGGUGAUUCAGAACCAGAUCGAUCCGUUUAUGGACCAUCGGUUAUACGGCGGAGGUAAUUUCCAGGAGCAGCAGCAGCAGCAGAUUAUUAGUCGGCCGGCGAGUAGCAGCAUGAGCAGCACCGUUAAAUCUUGUAGCGGACCGAGACCGAUGGAAGCCGCGGCGGCGUCUUCGUCGGUGGCGAAACCGUUACAUGCGAUUAAGAGAUAUCCGAGAACUCCACCGGUAGCUCCGGAGGAUUGUCAUAGCGACUGCGAUUCUUCGUCGUCUGUUAUUGACGACGGAGAUGAUAUCGCAUCUUCGUCUUCCCGCCGGAAAACGCCGUUUCAGUUUGAUCUUAAUUUCCCGCCGUUGGAUGGCGUUGACUUAUUCGCUGGCGGGAUAGAUGAUCUCCACUGUACCGAUCUACGUCUCUGAUUUGCUGCUUUACAAAAAAAAUCCGUUGAUUACACACAAAAAAAAUUCUCAAAUUUUACAAAAUGAUAACUUUAUGCUCUUUUGUUUUUCCAUUUUCCUUUGAUAUCAUAUUGAAAGAGAAAAAAAGGAAGAACAAAAAAAAAAGAUUGAGCGUGAUGAUUUUAUCAUCAACGAAGAUGAUGACGAUUAAAAAGAGAGAGAGAUUGUGUUAAGAUCUGUUACUGUAAGAACCAGAUCUGGGUUUCAUUUUUAUCUGUUUCUUCUUAUAAAAGAUCCAACAACCCUUUGUUACAUAUAUAUAACAUUCUGAAGCUGGUGAUGAUUUCUGAAUGAUUCAAAUCCAUUAUCUUUAGAUUUCUACUUAUUCAUAGAGUGUCCCCUGAUGUAAGUAGGAAGCUGCAUUUACAUAGUAUGUAACAGAACCACACAGGGCACAAGUAUUUGUUUGUGUUUUGUCUCUUGGCUUGAUCUUGAUCAAUUCAGGGUUUCUUCUAUUCAACAAGUAAAGCUUAGUGGUUCUCUGAGAUGGAAGCAAUAAAAAGAUGAAAGGAAGAAAGACGGUGAAGCUCCUUUGCUAUCUAAUUGGGUGAUUCGAAGAGGAAGUUAGAAUACUCAUUGUCAUUGUUAAGCCUCAAGUUUUCAUUCAUCAGCGAGGAGACAAGAAAGGCUUUCCCUUUUGUGUACCCAAUGAAUAUUUUGGAUGGUGAAGAACAUAGAGAUUAAGGGCAUGGUCAAUGGGCGGUGAGUGGUUUUGUUGUGAUCGAUAAAGCUCAAUGAGCACAGGCCAAAUCUUUAGGUUAAAGUUUGGUGGCUGAGAUGAUUGUUUUGAUCUUUAAGAGCUGUGGGUUGAGGUGGCAGAAUUCGUUGUGUGUUUGACCUUUUUGAUUUGAAUUUGCUGGUAGAGAGUUUUCCCAAUUUUGGUAUCUACUUUGCUUCUAUGCCACGGAUUCAGACAGUGAAUCUUUGUGUCUGAAGCAAAAACCGAGUAUUUUUUUACCGUUUUGGGGUAGGCUUCUUCUUAACUUAAAGUGGAAGUCAAAAGCAAUGUCUUGUUAUUUUCACUGUAACGAUUUAAGACAACUGAUCUCAAGUCGCUUUUCCUGUUUCGGUUCGUACUCUUAAUAAUCUUCUAUUAUUCUGGAGUUGAGAUUAAUCCACAAUGUUACUUUUUACUUUUACAACCUUUCGAGAAUUCGGUUGUUCGGCUUUGAAAUGAUAGUUUCUCUCCAA